GUGAAACUGCAAUUAAAUGUGCAAUCGCUUCUGAGAUAUUUCUUCGCGCCGCGCCAAAUUUAGAAAAAAAGACUUCCGAGAGAGAUAGAGAGAGAGAGCCGGAGAGAGAUGGCGUUGAGCGUCUCCUGCAGUUCUUCGUCGGUUCUCCGGCAGAUUCGUCGAGACAAGAAGAAAAUUGACCAAUGGAGGGACGUACAAGCGCUAGUAGAAAGAGUUGGAGUUCCGUCCAUCGCGGGAACGCCGUUGGAGUCGCUGCGGAAAGGGGUCUGGGUCAAGCUAAUAUGCGGGGCUAGCUUCGAAGAUGCGGUCGAUGUGAGGAACCUCUCGCUUGUUUACACCCUUGCUGGCGUGGACUGCAUAGAUUGCGCUGCCGAUGAGUCCAUUGUUGGAGCAGUUAGAGAAGGCAUUGAAAUUGCUAGACAGAUUGUUCCCAUACGGAGCCCAUGGGUUAUGAUUAGUGUUAAUGAUGACGAAGAUCUUCAUUUUCGCAAGGCAGAAUUCAAUGCAGAGGAUUGCCCGCCUGAUUGCUCAAGACCGUGUGAGACAGUGUGUCCAGCUAAUGCCAUAUCAUUGCGAAAGGGAGGAGUUAUAACUGAACGUUGCUAUGGCUGUGGUCGUUGCUUGCCUGUUUGUCCAUAUGAUAGAAUCAGAGCUAAUAACUAUGUCAGAAGUGCUGCUACUAUUACUCAGCUCCUCAGACAUAAUGUGGAUGCAGUAGAGAUCCAUACAAGUGCACGGGACGUGGACUUGUUCAAAGAGUUGUGGAGUAACUUGGGAGAAUGUGUUGGCCGUUUGAAUCUAGUAGCAGUUAGCUUACCUGAUCUGGGGCACUCCACUGUGUUUUCCAUGAACAUGAUGUACUCAGUAAUGCAACCAUAUCUACAAUGCUGCAACUUGUGGCAGCUAGAUGGCCGGCCCAUGAGUGGAGACAUUGGCAAAGGUGCAACAAAGGAGGCAAUAGCCUUUGCUGCUCGUCUAACUGCUGUUGAGGGCAGGCCACAUGGUUUUCUUCAAGUUGCUGGUGGCACCAAUUCACACACAAUUGGCAAAUUGAAGCAAGUGGGGCUCUUCCGGAAAAUGCAGACUGUUGGCUCAUUGGAGGAGCCAAGGGCUCUAAUUAGUGGGAUAGCUUAUGGGGGAUACGCGAGAAAGAUUGUCGGGAGGGUUUUGCAUAAGAUGCGGGGGAAACAUGGAACUCCACUUAUAGAGAACUACCCUGAAUGUCUGUUCGAGGCUCUUCAGGAAGCGCUUGCGUUAGUGGGCCCUGUGAAAUGCUACAAAUUUCCGAUUAGUGAAUAGAAUUUUUUAGUUUUAAUCGGUUGUUCGAUUUGUAUCGAGAUGUUUAGUUAUGCUUAUGUAUGAUAAAAAACACCUGUUUGUUAUUGUGUAAGAAAUUAUUUGUCUUUUUGAUCCCCUUAGACUGGUAAUAUGUAUAUUUUAUCUUUCUGUUCGUA